AAUGUUUUCAGUUUGACACUUCCGGUGUAGCACUAGCACGUGUGUGCCGUAGAAAAUAAAUAACAUUCCCGAAUUAUGGCAUUAUUUAAAAAAUUCACGAACAGAAUACCCUAUGAAUCUGACGAAAGUGUCAGCAGUGAUGCUGAAAGCUUAGAUUCAGAUGAGGAGCUUCAAAAUGCAUUUGCUGCAGGCAAGUUGAAAUCAGGAUUUGUCAUUGAAUCAGCACCAAAGAAGCAGUUAAUAAAAAAUACGACCGGUCUCAGACAAAAACUUGAUGAAAUGAAACAAGACUUGGCUUGGAUAGAAAGAUUAGAUAUGACAAAUGAUUCUACACAGUUACCUAAAAGUAUGGUAGAUGAAGAUAUUGGAUCUGGUGAUGCAGAUGUUCAUAAUGAUUUUAAACGAGAAAUGAAAUUUUAUCGACAAGCACAAGCAGCAGUUUUAGAAGCUUUACCGAAGUUACAGAAACUUGGUUUAAAAACAAAAAGACCAGAAGAUUAUUUUGCUGAAAUGGCCAAAUCAGAUGAUCACAUGAAAAGGGUCAGAGAAAAAUUAUUAGAAAAAACACUAGGUAUGGAAAGAUCAGAAAAGGCCAAGAAAUUACGAGAUUUAAGAAAGUAUGGAAAACAGGUGCAAAAAGAAGUUUUACAGAAAAGACAGAAAGAAAAAAGAGACAUGUUGGAAGCUGUUAAAAAAUACAGAAAAGGUCAGAAAGAUAAACUUGAUUUUCUCAAUAAUGAUGAUUUUGAAGAAAAUGAUAAAAAGAAUAAAAAAGUUCAAAAGGGUGGAAAAGGUGGAAAACCUGGAGUCAACAGAAAAAGAGUUUAUAAAAAUGCCAAGUUUGGUUUUGGAGGUCAAAAGAAACGAUCAAAGAUGAACACAAAAGAUUCUGUAAAUAAUGUUUCACAGUAUGGUAAAAAUUUCUCGAAAAUAAGAUCUUCAAAAAAGGGAAUGAAGAAUAAAAGACCGGGAAAGACCAGGCGGCAGAAUACAAAGAGCAGAAAAUGAAAAUAAAUAUUUAUCUUAUUAUUGGACUGUUACCUGUUGGUCAGAUAAAAUCAUUUGUACUAGCUCUAUAUUGAUGAACUUGGAUUUUUUUUCAUGGCAAGUGAAGUGAAUAGGAGCUAUCAUGAGCAUUAAUCUGUGAGAUCAUUAAUCUUUAUAAACUGCUGUUGAAUGUUGUCAAAGAGAAAAUAAAGUUUAAAGAUUGUGAUAAUUAAAGGGGAAAUCAAUGAAGAUUUUAAA